UUCUUCCAUCAGUGACUGAAUCAAACAGCUCUGAAAAAGUAAAAGCACCAUGAAUUAAUUUAAUUAUCCCGACUAUUACUUUGAAAAGCGAAGCCCGGAAGUCUUAUAGCAACGCGUGUCACUUGACGCUAACAGGUGGGAAAAUGUCGGCGUCUAUCAGAGUGUUAAAAAGCCGUUUUCCUGCUCUCUGUCCGGCUGGUUUCAAGCCGCUGUUGCAGAAGAAAAACCCGGUGAGAUGUCCGGUCAGUGAACGGCGGCUGACACACACACCAACAGGAGAAAACCUUCGGCCACUGGAGGGCGUCAGAGUGUUGGACUUGACACGAGUUCUGGCUGGUCCCUUCGCCACCAUGAUCCUGGGAGAUCUGGGAGCAGAGGUGAUCAAAGUGGAGAGACCAGGUGCAGGUGAUGACACCAGAGCGUGGGGUCCUCCGUUUGUCGGCACAGAGAGCGCCUAUUUCCUCAGCGUCAACCGAAACAAAAAAAGUAUCGCUGUGGACCUGAAGCAUCCCGGAGGAGUGAAGGUCAUCCUGGAGCUUGCAGGAGUGUGUGAUGUGCUGGUAGAGAACUACCUUCCAGGGAAGCUACAUCAGAUGGGUUUAGGAUACGAGCAGCUCAGCAGAGUGAACCCACAGCUCAUCUACUGCUCCAUAUCAGGUUACGGACAGACCGGUCCUCAGUCUCAGAGUCCAGGAUACGACUCCAUCGCCUCCGCCGUGUCAGGGAUGAUGCACAUCACCGGGCCCGAGGAUGGGGAGCCAGUGAGGCCGGGAGUCGCCAUGACAGACCUGGCGACGGGGCUGUAUACACACGGAGCUGUCAUGGCCGCCCUGCUGCAAAGACACAAGACGGGAAGAGGAGGUUAUAUCGACUGCAACCUUCUGUCCUCACAGGUUUCCUGUCUCAGCCAUAUUGCUGCAAACUAUCUGAAUGCAGGGAAGGAGGCGAGACGCUGGGGGACGGCCCACGAGAGCAUCGUACCUUACCAGGGCUUCACGACCAAAGACGGACACAUCGUGGUGGCUGCAGGCAACGACAAGCAGUUUGUCAAAGUCUGUCAAGUUCUGCAGCUGAUGGAGCUCACAGAGGAACCAAAAUACAAAACCAACAAACUGAGAGUCCAGAACCGCAAACAGCUGCUGCACACACUGUCACAGAGGUUUUUGCAGGAGAAGACAACUGAUUGGUUGCAGAGAUUUAAGGGCUCAGGUGUUCCUGUUGGACCAAUCAACAGCAUCCAGGAAGUCUUCUCCGACCCGCAGGUGAAACACAACAGUCUCAUACAGGAGAUGAACCAUCCAACAGCAGGACGCAUCGCUGUACCUGGUCCGGCGGUUCGUUUCAGCUCCUUCACCCCCGACAAGCCAACGCCCCCUCCUCUGAUUGGCCAGCACACCUGCCAGGUGCUGCGGGACACUUUGUCCUACAGUGAUGACAUCAUCACAGCGCUGCUGGAGUCGGGGGCGGUGGCCCAGAACGAAGUGUCCUGAUUGGCUGACGGAAGGAAAACACAAAAAGGAAUAUCUGAAAUGUUUAGUAUUGAUCAAAGAAUCAGUCACAACAUAUUGAUCAUCAAUAAUCAGCAUAUAAACAUCAUAGAUGGUUUAUAACUGAAUGUAAUGUAGUUAUAAUCAGAUAUAAGUGUUUAUUAAUGUCAACAGCUGUAACUCCUCCUGGACACUCCUCUAUAAUAAUAAUAAUAUAAAAUGUCUUCAUACAAGACAAAUACUGUACAUUAAUAAACACUAAAAUGUCUUCAUAACUCCUCAUAACUACAUUAUAGUGAUAAUAAACUAUUAAAUGUUUAUAUACUGAUUAUAAACGUUAAAUAGACUUAAAGUGUUUCUGCUGACUGAUGACGACCAAACACCGGUCUGCAUGUUUAAUUAUUAGGCAAUUAAAAACAGGAUAUAUAUAUAUAUAUAUAUAUAUAUAUAUAUAUAUAGAUGCUGUUUAUCAUGUGAGGUUUGCUGUGCAGACACUGGGAACCAGUUACACUGGGAACAGUAACAGUAACUCCAGCUGAGGAUCAGUUAAAGAUGAUCUGCUCCUUUUGAAAAUCUGUUUCUGCAAAAAAAAAUCUGUAAAAACACAAAAAAAAGAGAAAGUUUUAUCUAAGUUUAUGAUGCAGGAACUGAAACUAUGUUCAGAUCAGUGUAGAAUAAUAAUAAUAAUAAUAAUAAUAAUAAUAAUAAUAAUAAUAAUAAUAAUAAUGCAGAACAAACAGAGAAGAUUGAUGACUUAAAGCACCUCCUGACACCAUUAAAACACAUCCUUGUUGCUUCACUCCUGAUCAUCUUAAAAAUUGUAACAAUACUUUAUUGUUAAUAAACAAUAAAGUAUUUUUAUGAACCUUU